UUUUGCUCAAACAGGUGUAAAACAGCUGACACUUCUUGCGGACCUCUGCUUCGCUCGCUCCUCGGAGCGUCGUGUUUUCUCUCUCCGCAUCAUGUGACGGGGGAGUGGCUGGAAAUCAGGAAACCAGUCGCCGCAGCAAGUCACAAGGAAGCUCUUCAUCAUGGCCUACCAGACUGGGUUUCCAGAGGAUCCCAGUGCUCUGGUCCACAGCAUCAGCUCCAACAUCCAGAAGCUCACGCUGCUCACAUCUGAGCUGCAGAGGGCAGUGUCUCUCCUGGGCACAGAGCAGGAGAGCAGCCAGCUGCUACAGACGCUACAACAGAAGCAGCAACAAGGCAACCUCUUAGCGAAGGAGACCGACCGACUGAUCAAGGCGUUCACUGCACUCCCCGUUGGGCCCGAUCAGCGGCAGAGAAAGCUACAGAAGGAUCGUCUGCUGAGCGAGUUCUCCGCCGCCCUUAAUAGCUUCCAGAGGACUCAGCGGCAGGCGGCCGACAGAGAGAGGGAGUUUGUAGCCAGAGUCCGAGCCAACUCCAGAGUGUCGCAGGGAGGCCCGUCAGAGGACAGCUUUAACAAUGCUCCUUACUUCCACAGUGAGUCCCAGGUGCAGGCUCAGGCCGAUGCCAUCACUGAAGACGACCUGCAGCUGAUUCAGGAGAGAGAGCUGGCCAUCAGACAGUUGGAGUCUGACAUUGUGGACAUCAAUGACAUCUUCAAGGACCUCGGGAUGAUGGUCCAUGAGCAGGGAGAUAUGAUAGACAGCAUCGAAGCCAACGUGGAGACGGCGGACGUGCACGUGCAGAACGCCACGCAGCAGCUGACGCGUGCUGCAAACUACCAGCAAAGUUCUCGGAAAAAGAUCUGCAUCCUUGUGAUAGUGCUGGCUGUCGUUGCUGUUGUGGUAGGACUAAUAAUCUGGGGGUCUGUGAAAAAUUGAAGGCGUCUUCCUCCCGCGUCUCCUCCUCAGUCAUCAGUCUGCACAAGGAACGAAGCAUCUGCCCCUCGUUCAUCUGCAUCUCACUGUCCUCGUCAGUGCAGUGUGUUUAACUAUCGUCAGUUUGAUUCAGGAUAUUAUAGUCUUCACGGACACGGCUGCUCCUUCGCUGCGAACGGAAAACUAGCGCCAGAAGCUUUAUUGAUACAAUCAGCUUUAUGUGAAUGAUGAUGUGUGACAUUUAUGAUUUACUUUAUUUGUAGGCCUGUAGAUACAAGAUGAAUGUUGAACGGUGGAUGAACAUGAAUGUACGGACAAUGCUUUAAAGUGCGAAGCAGAAAAUUUAGAAUCAAGUUAGAUUGUUCUUUAGAAUAUAGAAUUGUUGCAAAUGCUUUAAUCUAAUCAGGCCUGUGAAUAAAGUACUUUAUAUAAACAUGCUGCAGAGAUACAGGACCACCCAACGUACACUCAUCUUAUUCUGAUGCAGUGUGUUGAAACUGUAUUUUAAAACAAUAUGUUAGCUCUUGUAUUUUUUUUUUGGUUGUCAUCGAUGAGCCCAAAUGGUAGAUUUCUAUUCAGAUCAUUCCUUCUGUGCGUUUGCUUGACAAAUCAAGGUGUACUGUACAUGCACAUUCCAAAUGUUGUAUUUAAACAGAAACUAGAGCCAUUGCAUAUAGAAGCAUAAUGAUUUUUUGUUAAAUGAAAUCGCCUCACACCCCGUUUGAUCUCACACACAAGGAUUCUACGGCACCAGGUGGUGGCGUUGGAGGGUCAUGUCUGGUUUUUAGCUGCUUGGAGGAGUGAUUAUUUACAGCACAUGGAACCCUCUACUCACAUCAUCUUAUUAAAACUAGCUGUGAUCAACUACAUUUGUUCCGAACAACCAUGUUCAUCACAUAUCCAACACAGUUAAAGCAAACACUAAUGCCACUCCAGCCAAGAACCCAGUUGCUAUGAAAUCGUGACCGUGUACAUUUGUAUGUUGAAAUUCUGCUGCCUAACGUGAAUAAAUGACCUGACUACGCUGA